AUGAUCUUCACUGCUGACAUGACAGCAAAAGAAAUAAUCAAUGAUUUUAAAGAAACUUACGCUAAAGUGAGAAAACUACUCGACGAAGAUGCGCCUAAUGAUCCAGAACACGAACCUUUUCUCUCGAAGUACAAAGUUAAGGAUUUAUUACUUAAAACGCGCGACGUUCUCAAAAUUGUGACCUGCUCUGAUACGCACAACAUUAAUGGCUUAAUAAUAGAUGCUAUGCUUGGUGUUGUGCUACUCAACAUAGGAAUUAUAGAUAUGGAAACAGAUGAUACUCCCUCUAGUCAGAAAGUAUUGACGGAAGCCGAAGAACUCCUUCUUCCAAAUUCAUUAAAACCUGAAAUUGUCACAACCCUUAUUAAUAUUGAAAACAAUCUUGGUAUUAUAUGGUCCAAUAGAGAUGAGCCCGAGAAAGCAAAAUCCUAUCUCCUAAAGUCAAAAGAAAUCUAUGAAAACUUCAAGUGCACUCUUCAAAUGCCUGUAUCUAUUGAACAACUUGUUCAACCAAGCGAUGAUAUUACAGGAGAUAUAAUGCUGUUAGAAAAACCUCACACAUUAACUCUAUAUUAUUUAGCUCAAGUUUAUGGCUCUUUAAAAGAGAAUUUAAAGUCUGCAGUAUACUGUCAUAUAACACUACGAAGGCAGUUACAAUACAAUGUUUUUGACCCAGUGGACUGGGCUCUUAACUCCGCUACCUUAUCUCAAUUUUUCGCUGAGCGAAAUGGUUUCUUUCAAUCUCGUCACCACUUAGCCGCAGCGUCCACAAUACUAGACAAGUAUGAAGAAAAACUGCUUCAAAAUGAUACUAACACUGAGGAAAUGUUGGCCAAGAAAGAACAAUUCAACCACAGAUCAGCCGAUGUGGCAAGGUGUUGGGCAAAGUAUUGUAUAUUUUUAAUGACUGCCUCCAAGACACGCCUAAUGGAUGAUCCAGAUAAUAUAACUGAUGCCAUUACAGAUUUAUCAGAUCUACAGUUAGAGGACAAUGAAAAUAUCUGUGGAGGAGAUGUCAAGAGUCUCAUUUUUCCGGAUUUAGAUGUGUCCAAGUAUGAGAAUCAAGUUGGGGACCAGUUUUUGCUUACUUAUCAAGAUGCUAGGGAAGUGUUUUUAAAUUGUCAGAAUUGGUUAAACAAAGCAAAACAAUACUACAAUGCAGAAACCUUAUUUUCAGACUAUAUUAAGUUAGUGCAAGAUAAUUCUCAGGCCUAUUCCUAUUUAGCUUUCUUUGAAGAGGACGAUGAAAGAAGAGCAAAAAUGCACAAGCGACGUAUAGACAUCUUAGAGGAUGUCACGAAAAUUAUAAACCCCAGAUACUACUUAAGUAAUUGCCAAGAGUUAUGGUAUGAACUGGGGGAGAUAUAUUCCGAUAUCCUUGACAUAAAACAAGACAAAGUCAAUAAGUCCAAUGGUAUACCGACACCUCAUAUCCUAAAGAAAAUCAAUAUGCUAUGUGAGAAGAGUAUUGAAAACUAUGAUAGAUUUUUAGAAUCCAUAAAAGAUAAGAAUGGGGUACUACCAUUAAAACUGGAGGACAAUUUAAUUCGACCAGUGGGAAGUGCAUAUGCGUUUAUUGGGAGGAACAGUAUGAAAAGGAUUGCCUUAGACAAAGAGACACAAAUGUCUCAUGUUAAGAAAAGCUUGGAUUCAUAUCAAGCAAUUGUGGACAUUUGCACAAAUGAUGAAAUUGCAGCCAAAAUGAUGUCUGUUGAGUUAAGUCUGUGCCAGGAGAUGGUUAAAAUAUUGCCUAUUAAACUUAAGAAACUAGAAACUGAAUUGGCGGCACAGAUUUAA